UAGUUAACUGUCAGAGAUGCAAUUCAAUAUCCAGUAUGACUGAAUGUGGCUCAGCUUUGAUGUUUGGCUCAGCUGUUUUUCUUGGAUCAGGAAAGGACAGACUCUGGUAAGUCUUGUUGCAGGUGUGGAAGUGUUUGGGGCUGAAUGCAGAAGGUCGUAGCAGUGCUUGGUGGGGGGAUUGCGGGUCUGUCGGCCUGUCAUCAUCUGAGCAAGAGUGCUAAUGUUUCCAAGAUCGUGCUGCUGGAGAAAUCUGGGAGAUGUGGGGGUUGGUUGAGCUCCAUACGGAGAGAUGAUGGGGCCGUGUUUGAACAGGGACCUCGAGGGGUGCGACCUGCAGGUGCUGUCGGCCGGAACACUUUGAAUAUGGUCUCUGAGUUGGGUCUUGAGUCAGAAAUCCUGCCUGUUACAAAAGAUCACGUGGCAUCUAAAAACCGCUUCCUGUAUGUAAAGGGACAGCUACAUAAGAUGCCAUCAGGACCUGGUGGGGUUAUCUGCACUAUCCCUCCUUUCUCUCGACCCAUAAUUCAGAGCGUGCUGAAGGAGAUACUGAUCAGGAAAGGCACAGAGGAGGAUGAAUCUGUGCAUGCGUUUGUGUCUAGACGACUGGGUUCUGAGUUGGCUGAUAUAGCCAUAGACAGUCUGUGUAGAGGAGUUUUUGCUGGAGACAGCAGACAGUUGAGUGUACGGUCCUGCUUUCCACCUCUUUAUAAGGCAGAGCGGUCUCGGGGCUCCAUCGUGCUGGGCAUGCUGAUGGGUUCAGGAGGUGGUCCUAAAAUAGUCCCUUCUGACUUGGCAAAGAGAGCAUCUAAAGAGUCCUGGACUCAGUGGUCUCUUAAAAGAGGCAUGCAGGCAUUCCCAGAAGCCUUGGAGGACACGCUGAAGAGACGCGAACGAGUGGAGCUACAUCAUCAUGCCAAAGUGAAGAGUCUGAAUAUGAACGGUGGAGGCUGCGAGAUCAAACUAGAUGAUGGCGUCUCUUUGAAAGCUGAUCAUGUGAUUUCUGCAAUACCUGCAUCAGAAUUGGCCUCUGUGCUGCCCCCUGCUGCUCAACCUCUGUCGGAUCAGCUGCGAUCCAUCGCUUCAGUGAAUGUUUCUGUGGUGAAUCUGGAAUAUGAAGGUUUCGUCCUUCCUGUUUCUGGCUUUGGACAUUUGGUGCCUUCCUCUGAAGAUCCUGGUCUGUUGGGGGUUGUGUACGACUCUGUUCCCUUUCCACAACACAAUCGGAGUCGAGGAAUGACCACUAGACUGACGGUGAUGAUGGGGGGAGCAUGGUUUGAGCAGACGUUUGGUCACCCUGAUGCAGUGAAGGAGCAGACGCUGUUGGAUCGAGCCACCCAGGCUGUGACCUCUCACCUGAGCAUAAACGCUCAACCUGUAUGGAGCUGCGUCGCUUUACACAAGAACUGCAUUCCGCAGUACCAUUUAGGACACUGGAAACGACUUGAAAAGAUGAGGCAAUACAUCAGCAACCACAAUCUGCCCCUUACACUGGCGGGAGCUUCCUACGAUGGUGUCUCUGUUAAUGAUGUUAUAUUUGGUGGGCGGACUGCAGCUGAGGGUCUCACUGGGAAAACAUGACGUGCACAACUUUAUUUUGUCUGCUUUUAUUAAAGAUUUAGGGCUUUGUGAUAUGCAUUUUGCGAUUCCUGGGAAGGAAUCAUUAGCAUAUGAACAACAUGCUUUACUUGAACGUAGAAUGGAAAUCAAGAAGAGUACAUUCAAUUGUUUGAUGACGCACUAUGUGUUAAAAAAAAAGUAUAAUUUGAUAUAUCAUGUUUUGUUUUCCAGUAAAAUGUAAACCUCCUUAAAAAAAGAUAAACUCACUUCGCUUGACAUUUUCUUAAACAUCUUUAAAUUUUAAUGUUUCCUUUUUUUAGUGAAAAAUGAGUCACGAAAAAAUUUACUUUACUAGUAUUAUCAGUUAAUUGCAGCCGAAUGAUUGUAGAACUUCACUGCACCCAUGUGGUGCAUUUAAUGUUUUUUUCCUUUUUUUGUUUGUCUGUGGUGAAAUUUUACUUGGAUGAGGAGUAUUAUAUCAAUGUUUGACAUCUUGGGCUGUGCUACUGGUAUUUCACAUAAACUUACUCUUGCAUUUGUUGCUUUGGCCUUCAUUCAAGUUACCUCAAAAAUGGCUAGGGUAGACUCAGAUUUUUGAAAUAGCAUAUUUUCACCCAUUUCCUCCAGUUGUGUGAAAGAACAUGGUGGUUUUCAGGUAUUUUUACUAGGCUGAGAUGAAGUGCCAUUAGAUCAGGCUGCGCUAAAACCAUUUUGCACUGAACAUUUUACGCCAUUAUACUGAAGUGGCUUCAAUGGCAAAUUUACAACUCAUAUUUUGCAAUCGAGCCAAGCAGCAGAUUGGAAAUUGCUGCGACCAUCUGCAUUGUCAUAGACUUCCAAAGGGCAAAAAUUCAAAGUAUACUAUUACUCAGAGAACCAGACCUUUAAUGGGUGCUUGAGAGCCAUUUGUUUCACACGCAGGUGCUUUGCAAAGCAUUUCUCUUAAUGUGUCACGCAGCUUCAAUUUGUGAUAAUGUUUUAUCACAGAAAUGCACAGGUGUGCCUUUUUUCCUUUUUACAUGCAGUACUUGUGUGGCAGCAGUAAAUGCAAUUUUAUAUUGCUUUGUUGCAUUAUGGAUCCACAUGCAAUUCAGCCUUAGGUACAUGUGGUGAAUGUGACUUAUUGUGUAGUAUGUAAUUUAGCAAUAAAUCCAUGAGAUUUUUUUUUAUGACUACCACUUAAUGUAUGGUAAUGUAUGUUUUGUGCGAAGGCAAUGGCUCUUUGAGUAUGAUAAAUAAAAAAAGAUGCGUUUGG